UCAGCCACACAGGCGACUUCUGAAACCUGUCCAAAGAUGAAUGGCGUGAAAUCGUCAGUCGCUGUCAAUCAACACAGCUGUCACGUCAGAAAUGGAAGUAUUACUGAGGGCCGUCAGAAAGAAGUAAUUUCACCAGAAGACAUCAACCGAGGCAUUCUGCCAGACACCACAGCGCCCGUGUCCUCGAGAAUGCAAGAGCUGUUGGAGGGUCUGAACGAGCCUGGCGACUGUGGCAACCCCAUAGAGCCCCCCUCCUGGUUAGACAGACAGCUGUUCAACCGAGGGAGAGAUUUCUACCACCGCUAUUUAUUUUGCAUGAGUUUCUCUGAAGUUUUGGCGCUCGUGUUUAUGCUGAGCAUGAUGCGGGCGCUUCGGCCCCUCAUGUACACUGGCCGCUCGGACUCCCCGCGGAAAGCUCUUCGGCGAUAUUUCUCGACCUUCCAGCACGUGACCGCCUGGCACGAGGGGGAUGUGUGGGACCCCGCCGAUCGUGCCCACAAGGACCUGCUGUCGGUGCGAGCCAUACACAACAGGCUGUCCGGCGUGUUCAAUUCCUCGAAGGAGCACGACAGGGUGUGGAAUACAAAGAUCCAGGACAAAGGCCACGAGGAACCUGCUUGCCCCUUUUACCACACCAUCCGCGAGGACCUAAAGGAUCAGGCAGGAGACGGGCUCCCGCUCGAGGGUCCAGACAACCCUCCCUUCUUCAUCAGCCAGUGGGACAUGAGUCUGACCCAGUACCAGUUCAUGGGGCUGGUGGUGGCCCACCCGCACAAGAUGGGCGCCGGAGCAGCCACAGACGAGGACCUGGAGGGCCUUGUCCACUUCUGGCGAGGGCUGGGCUGGCUUCUCGGGGUAGAUGACAAGUACAACUUCUGCCGAGGGUCCUUGGCGGAAGUGCGCUCGCUGUGCCUGGAGGUCGAAAGACUAGUUGGCAUCCCAGCGCUGGCGAAGGCAGACUGGAACUACGAGCACAUGACUCUCUCCCUCGUCACGGGGUUGAGCCACCUCAUGCACACGCUCUCGUUCGAAGCAGGCUUUCGUUAUGUGGCCUAUACUCUCGACCUCGACAUUCCAAACUUCAUCAGUCGCAUGUCCAUGCAGGGUACCAUCAAGUACUGGCUUAUGCGCUUUGCUAUUGGUCUCCUGUAUUACUUUCCGGGCUUGGUCAUUCGGCUUAGUCGAAUGCUGAGGGUGGCGACCGCUGUCUUUCAAAAGCGCUAUGCCAAUGGGAUGAACGAACGAGGGGGCAGCAAAACGGGUGAACUUUAUCCAGUAACGACUCCUUUCACGUACUGACAUGAUGUGGCUUCGUAGUUACUAUUUUUUCUAGUCAAAGGUCUUUACUUUCAUCAGUAUUCGUGUAUGGUUUAAUAUCUGAACCGGUGUUGAAGAGAUUUCAUCUGGAACAUAAUUUCACGAUCUAUUACUAAGGCUCCGGAUGCUUGUAAAACUUGUUUCUUGCUGGACAUUGCUUGAAUUACGUAGACUUUUUUAUGUUGAUUCAUGGAUGCUCUGUAUAAUAUGUAUUUUCUGUAUAAUAUGCACAUAUUUAAUUAUUAAAGUCAUAUAAAUGGA